GAGAUCAGGAGAGAGCAUCAUCCCCGACGUGCCCGCGUCGUCGUCGGCAUCCCCCCCGGGAUCCGGCACUCUCCCACUGGCUCCCACUAGCCAUGCCGCACCCUUGGAAUUCAUAAGUAGUACCCAUCACGUGCAUUGCUCAUCUGCAGUAGCUCCUUCCCUCACUCCCUCCCCGUCGCCAUCUGCAUCCUUGACCUCACGCAGAUCCGGUGCUUGUGGAAGGUUCAGAUGGAUUCCUAUCGCCAUUUGUCAGUUUCCCUUUUGGUUUUGUUAGCGCUCCUGGGUGCUGUAAGCCAUGCCGAAGGAUUCGUCUCAUUCAAUUCACUAUCGAGUAAGAGGACUUUGGUGGUGACUGUCUCCAUGGCUAACAACUCAGACAUAAAAGAAGUCCAUACCGGGCAAGAUUCGAUUUUGGUGAACUGGAGUGUGAACGCUUCGGCACCAGCUAUAGUUGACGCCAAGACGGUCGAGACGAGGCUAUGCUUCGCGAAAGAGAGCCAGACAUUGCGUGGGUGGCGCAAGACCGAUGAUAACUUGAAGAAAGACAAGACCUGUUUGUACAAAAUCCAAAGACAGCCUUACGCACCUGCGGGCUCAGUUACCUACGCUCUCCCGAAGUCGAUCCCCGGUGCUAAAUACUUUGUUCGUGCUUACGUCUUCAAUUCCAGUGACCUCCAAAUUGCGUAUGGACAGAGCUCCCCCAACAAGAUUAACAACACCUUCACUGUCAUCCCCAUUUCUGGUCGCCAUGGCAGCAUUGACGCCGCUGUGGGUGUCUUCUCAAUAUUCUCAGUUGGGUCGCUCUUCGCCUUCUUCAUCUUUGAGAACCUUUACUUGAAGAGGAAGAAGGCCGUGUAGUGCACGAACUUGCUUAUCAAGUUAUAUUUGACAACAUAUUCUAGUAUGUCUUGCAGAGACUCAUGAGUCUCAUGUGAGUUUGCCGCUUUCAUUUAUUUUGUUUGGCAAUCGGAGAGUGCACUGUUGCAGCAAACUCAGCAGCAGGGGGGACCGAGAAGUUAGAUUUCCCCACUUCAGUCACAUUUAGAUGGUCUUGUACAAAAGCAAAUCUGCCUGUUCUGGAGACACGUUUAGGUAGAGUUUUGGAGCUCUUCAAAGCGUUUAGUCCCUUCGUGUACCAUGUUGUUUGUCCCAGAAAUAAACCCUAAUUCAAUUGCAAUAAAAUUUGUGGCUGGAAUGAAGUCAUUUAUUCUAGCCAGUGCUACUACUCAUUUACUUUCA